AAAGCAUUGUUGAAUUGAAUUGAAAUAUCUUUUUAUCUAUGCUUUGAAUUUUCAAAAUUAGGUUAUACAUCGCUAAGAAAAAUUUUGUUUUUACAGUAAUGUGUCAGAUAUACGAAGCGUAUUGCUUCAGGACACAUCUUCGCGUACUUUAAACAUUCCAUAAUUUGUGGACAAAAUGUCUAAUAGUGGGUCAGCGUCCGUGAUUGGAUGGACCUGCGAAGAUGCAAAAUGUUGCUUCAGCAAUGAAGGAUUCGAUGCAGAAAGUAUUCGAUUGCUCUGUGAUGAAAACAAAAUCGAUGGGAAAUGUUUGCUCGCCUUAAAUGAAGGUGAUUUUACCAUAGAACCUAUAUCCAAAUUAAAUCUCCAUGAUCGAAAAUGUUUGUACAUUUUAUGCAAGUGUCUCCAAAGAGAAAACCAAGGAAGUCUUCUAGAAUUAGGUCUAGUGGAAAGUCCAGCGACUAGUAUAUUAGGGCAUCACCAAUAUCAUAAAUUAGAAAGUGAAUAUGGUGAUUUGGAUCAAAACUCCCCGCCAAUGUCAGAAGCUGAUCGACCUAGGUUUCCUCCUGAGAAAAUCAAAGCCAUGUUAAGUUUUUGUUAUGUUGUUGUUGUUACUUGGAUUACUGCUUUUGUUAUGGUUAUUGUACAUGACAGAGUACCUGAUAUGGACAAAUAUCCUCCUCUUCCAGAUAUAUUUUUAGAUAAUGUGCCUCAUAUUCCAUGGGCAUUUGAUAUGUGUGAGAUUACAGGGACUUUUCUUUUUACAAUUUGGCUACUUGUUCUACUGUUUCAUAAGCAUAGGUUUAUUUUGAUGAGACGAAUAUUUGCGCUUUCUGGAACAGUGUUCCUUCUGCGUUGUGUAACAAUGCUAAUAACUUCCUUAAGUGUUCCUGGCGCUCAUUUACAAUGCCAACCUAGGACUUACUCUAAAACGUCGUCUUCCUUAUUUGAUGAUGUAGCAAAAAAGCUCCAACAAGCAUAUGUCAUAUGGAGAGGUGCCGGUAUGUCUAUUCGAGGGGUUCGCACCUGUGGAGACUAUAUGUUCAGUGGGCACACUGUCGCAUUAACAAUGUUGAAUUUUUUUAUUACUGAGUAUACUCCAAGAUAUCUUUACUCCCUCCACACACUUUCAUGGCUAAUGAAUAUGUUUGGAAUUUUUUUUAUACUUGCCGCUCAUGAACACUACUCAAUAGACAUCUUUGUAGCAUUUUAUAUCACAAGUAGACUAUUUUUAUAUUACCAUACAUUAGCAAAUAACCAGGCCUUAAUGCACAGAGAUGUGAUAAGAACUAGAAUUUGGUUUCCUCUAUUCUCAUAUUUUGAAUCUAGCGUGGAAGGAAUUGUUCCAAAUGAAUAUGAGACUCCUGCUCAGAUUGCAAGUAAUCUCUGCUGCUUUUCGAAAGGCGUUUUAUGUGAUUUCCUGAAGAUUUUUGUUACUUCCAAUAAAAAAAGUACAAACGCGGAAAGUAUUAGUAAUAAUAUUCAUCAAACCAAAAAAAUUAAGUGACAUAAAAUUGUAGGGAAGGUAAUACUGACCAUAUUGUAGGUUACUGAAAUUCAUCUGCCCAAAAAACUGAGACCAAUUUAUUCCCUUUUAAAUGUUAAAAGAACUGAAUUUUUAUUUAAUGGAUGAAUCCAAUAACUCACAUACACAAUCAGGUGACUAAAAUUUUGUGCACAUUAAGAAACUUAUAGUUUGUCUAGACUGAUUUUAUAAAAAGUUCAUAUUUUUGAUUAUUUAUUUUCAUCUUGGCAUUAACCGAAAACAGUUAAAUAAACUAUUGUAAUAUAUUAUGUUUUAAUAAAGCAAGUCCUUUUUGUUGACCGUAAUUUCACAUCCAUGUAAAGGAAUAUAAAAUCAAACUUAGAUUAUUUCGCGGUGUUUGAACUUGAUUUGUUGUUUCCCUUUG